AUGCCCUGGGAUUGGAUACCUAGGCUCCUCCCUGAAGAUCAGGCAGGAAAAAAUAAAGCACUGAGACUGAAGAUUACAGUCAAGUAUGGCUAUAUCACUUUUGCUUGUACUAUGAUCCUUAUUCUGCUGAUUCCUUAUUGGAACCGAGUCGCAAAGCCAAUCACAUGGAGAUUAUACAGAAAGAUUGUUCGCCGAAUCAAGAUUCUCCGCUUCAGAAACAACUACUUCACGCUCCAUCUGGAAGUAAUAAAAACCAUUCUGUUUUGGACAAUUGUCCUUGGCGUUCUAUCAGCACUUGAACUACACUCCGACAUCCAGUUUUUGGCUGCUAGAUUAGGACGAGUAGCGACAUACUGUUUGCCAACAGUCCUGUUUUUGACUCUCCGUCCAUCGCCUCUACCGGAUACGUUAUACCUCUCCUUGCUGCCAAUACAUAAAUGGCUCUCUCGCAUUGUGAUUCUCCAAAGCAUAGCACACACGAUAAUGUACAUUUGGAUUUUUUGGGAACGCAACACCAUGGCAAAGAUUUGGAAACGUGACAAUCUGUAUGGCAUCUACGCACUUAUAUGUUUCAUACUGAUUUUGGUGACCUCGUUGCCAAAAGUGAGACGAAAGUUCUACAACGUGUUUUUUGCAUUCCAUUACAUAUGCACUUGGGCAGCGGUACUGCUGCUUUACGUUCACGUCAGACCACCUAUUCCUUACCUUACGGCACUCAAUGUUGCAAUCCUGGUAUACCAGAUCUACUUCAAAUUCAAAAUUUCCAGAGUUUCCACGAUUGAGGUGACCCAGCUUUCUGCAAACCUGCUGCUUGUGACCUUCCCUGGAUCAGCACUGGCAGUGAAGUCAACCAUACCGGGUUGCCAUUUAAGAAUGAACGAGUUUGACAGCUCUAAUUACUUGAAGCAAAUCUGGCGACAUUCUUUUAUGCCGGUUCAGCAUCCUUUCACAAUUGCAACUCUUCCGUUCGACGAAAGCCAGAAGAUGAUUGUCCGAAAAGGGCAUUUUGAUUUGUCAUCCGAAAAGAAGUACCUAAUCACAGGGGCGUAUUUACCACAUUUGAGCUUCUUGAAGCCUAUGAAGAACGCCAAUCCACGUUCGCUACUUUUCCAUACUAAAGUCAAAAAAUGUUUAAUAGUUGUUGGAGGCUCUGCAAUCAGUUUUGCUCUCCCUAUUUUGAGAACACUAAGCUAUAAUGGGGCGACAGUUAAAAUAAUUUGGGUUCUCAGGGAUCACGAGGACCUCAAAAUCUUAGACUAUUUCCAGAAUAUUUUAGUCAAUGACGACUGCAUCGACAUUUUCAUCACUGGCUCCUACAGUCAGCAGGAGAUUUACAGUUUCAAAAGAGCAAUAAGGGAGCUUCAUCGUAUCAACAGGCAGACCGAGCUCUCAAACCAGGAACAAGUGCUCAAUGGACAUUACUCUCCGCAAUUCCAUGAAAAGUCACCUCUCAUGCAGUCCAAGGUAAGUUACCAGGCAAUGGCAAACGAAUUUGACCCUGCUAUUGCUCAUGAAAGUUUAGCUCAGAAAAACAGGGCUGGAUACAUUCCUCUUCGCCAUCAUGCUGAGCUGCUCAAUUCUGGAUACUCUGCUGAGGAUGAGGACAAGUUUGAAAAUGUUGAUUUGGAUCUGGACGGUAAGUGCAGGAACCCCGAACCGGACGUCCCGAGAAGCUCCUCGCUGUAUUCAGGAAUCAUCGACACCCCUGCGGAAUCUGUCCAACAACGCGACUCCUCCAGCUUGCCAUAUUCAUCUUCUUCUGGUAUCUAUGACGAUUUGGCAGAUUACUGGAUUCUGAAAGGCCUAGCUUGUCGGAUUGAAUUUGGACGGCCAAGAUUGGGCAUCCAUUAUUACAAUUGGUGCACUGGCUCUUCGUGUAUUGGGCCUUUGAUAGACAUACACAACGGGCAGUCGGUGUGUUGCAAUGAAAUCACAAUUGAAAAUAGAAGUCAGAAACUACACUAUCAAAAGAGCGAUGGUCAUAUGUUGGGCUCGGAUGCACAUGACGAGCUUUUCCUUAAUGAGCAAUUCAUGAAAAACAGGCAACAGCGAUUCCAAGAAAGAGGAGGAGAAUUGGACGAGUCUACAUGGGUUGUUGGCGCGGGUCCUAUUGGUCUUGUGAACAAAGUGCAACUCUGGGCUAAUGAUUGCGGAUUCAAUUUCCAUGCAGAGAGCUUCAGUAUCUAG